UUCUUCGACACUUUCCGUAGUGAAGGCUCGUGUUGCCAGGAGACGCCGGAAGUGUUUGACUGCCUCAGCGAUGGAGAAAUAUGAGAAAAUCAAAGUUGUUGGAAGAGGAGCAUUUGGGAUCGUCCACCUGUGUCGCCGACGCAGCGAUGGCGCCCUGGUCAUCUUGAAGGAGAUCCCCGUGGAACAGAUGUCACGGGACGAACGCCUCGCCGCUCAGAACGAGUGUCAGGUGCUGAAACUGCUCAACCACCCAAAUAUCAUCGAGUACUACGAGAACUUCCUGGAAGACAAGGCCCUCAUGAUCGCUAUGGAGUACGCACCAGGUGGAACCUUGGCUGACUACAUACAGAAGCGCUGUAACUCCCUGCUGGACGAAGACACCAUCCUUCAUUUCUUUGUGCAGAUCUUGCUAGCGAUGUACCACGUGCACAACAAACUCAUCCUGCACAGGGACCUCAAGACGCAGAAUAUUCUCCUCGACAAGCACCAAAUGAUCGUCAAAAUCGGCGACUUUGGCAUCUCAAAGAUUCUUGUCAGCAAAAGCAAAGCAUACACUGUGGUGGGGACGCCAUGUUACAUCUCACCAGAGCUGUGCGAGGGGAAGCCGUAUAACCAGAAGAGUGACAUCUGGGCUCUGGGUUGUGUGCUCUAUGAGCUAGCAAGCCUGAAAAGAGCAUUUGAGGCGGCUAACCUCCCUGCCCUGGUCCUGAAGAUCAUGAGUGGCACCUUCGCUCCUAUAUCCGACCGCUACAGCCCAGAACUCCGUCAGCUCAUCGUCAACAUGCUCAACCUGGAUCCCUCCAAACGGCCGCAGCUCAAUGAAAUCAUGGCACUGCCCGUCUGCAUCGGACCACUGCUUAAUCUCUACACGGACAUCGGAAGCGUCAAGAUGCGCAGGAUCGAGAAACCGCUAUCCACUGUCCAGACUGGUCCACAAGGCAGAGUGGGAGGGCGAGUACCGACCAACAGAUCCAGAGAUGGCAUGUCAGCAACAGGCAAGCUGCAUUCCCUCCCGCUGUCUGCAGUGUACACGUGGGGCAGCGGAAUUUCCACCCCGCUGCGUCUGCCCAUGCUCAACACUGAGGUGCUCCAGGUGUCGCUGGGCCGCACUCAGAAGAUGGGGGUGACCAAGUCGGGCCGUCUGAUCACUUGGGAGGCUCCCUCGGUGGGAUCCGCAGAGCUCAGUCUGCCUGGAGCGGUGGAGCAGAUACAGCCUCAGUUCAUCUCGCGCUUCCUGGAGGGUCAGUCCGGAGUCACCAUCAAGUUGGUAGCCUGUGGCGAUCUCUUCACCACCUGCAUGACAGACAGGGGCAUCAUCAUGACAUUUGGGAGCGGGAGCAAUGGCUGCUUGGGGCAUGGAAACUUCAAUGAUGUUACGCAGCCCAAGAUAGUGGAGGCGCUCCUCGGCUACGAGCUGGUCCAGGUGUCUUGUGGCGCUUCCCACGUGCUCGCAAUGACCAAUGAGAGAGAAGUAUUCGCCUGGGGAAGAGGGGACAAUGGGCGCCUCGGGCUGGGCACCCAAGACAGCCACAACUGUCCCCAGCAGGUGUGUCUACCUGUGGAGUUUGAAGCACAGAAGGUGGUGUGUGGCGUGGACUGCUCCAUGAUUAUCAGCACUCAGAGCAGCAUUAUGGCAUGUGGAAGGAACAGGUGCAACAAGCUGGGUCUGGACAAGAUAAGCGCCGGUGAGGAACCAAGCCCCUCCAAUCAGGUGGAGGAGGUCUACUCUUUUACUCCCGUCCAAUCAGCUCCACUCAACAGAGAGAAGAUUGUCUGCAUUGACAUCGGUACUGCACACUCUGUCGCUGUGACAGAGGGUGGGUUGUGCAUCACUUUUGGCAGCAACCAGCAUGGUCAGAUGGGCUGCAGUUCCCGCCGAGGCAGUCGUGCACCAUACCUGCUGCCCGCCCUACAGAAUAUCACUAUGGCUGCUUGUGGAGAUGCUUUCACUUUAGCCAUCAGAUCAAAUGGCGAGGUGUACACCUGGGGAAAGGGUGCCCGCGGACGCCUCGGAAGAAAAGAGGAGGACUCGGGCAUACCCAAGGCAGUGCAGCUCAACGAGAGCCACCCGUUCACGGUGACAUCGGUGGCUUGUUGUCAUGGCAACAGCCUGCUGGCGGUGAAACCUUUACUCGAUGAAUCUGUCCCGAGAUGACACAAAGGACCCUGAUGGUUCCAGUUUGAAGAUCCCUUUACUUAGUAAAACCCGAUGUCGCUCACACUCGCUCUGUUUUUAGAUUUUUAACAAAACUUUUAGGACACCAGAAGUCUGCAGGCUCACAUAUCUAUUUUAAGUGGAUUUGAUGGCCCUCUUCUACACCAAACUCAGCCAAGCAUGCAUUUAUGGACCGGACUUUGUUCACCAAGUUUGACACAUAGAAUUGUCCGAAAUUGUUAAGCUUUACAGGGAACGAGUGGGUCAAAACCAACUUUGCAUUGAUUGAUCAGGGUUUCUGCUGGUCAUUAAAAAGCAUUAAAAGUCAUUAAAUGGACUUUGUGAAAAUUAAGGCCUUAAAUGGCAUUAUAAAACAUGAAAUCCAAUGUCCAGAAGCAUUAAAAACAUUUAAAUGAGGUGAAAUCACACAUGCUAUUAGCUAAUCACAAGUCGGCAAUUAAAGGCAAGCAUGAGUUAACGGUGCUAAAUUUCUUUGGCGUGACCAACAAAGCUACUUCUACUGUCGCCACGACGCCACCACCAAAAAUAAAUGAAUAAAAAUAAAUUCUCAGAUUAAAUAGUCUUGUAAGCUAACUGAAAUACACUAGAGAUAAAUAGUUAUUGUAAAAAUGUCAACUAUUCAAGACUAUCAUUGUCAAACACUUACAAUUGUGUCUACACAGACAGUUGUAAACUGUUGACUAUAUACAGUGUAAUAACGAUCUGCAGUAGGACAUGGGCAUCAAAUUUGUUUUAAGUGGCAUUAAAAAGAAUUUAUAAAUGGUUGAUUUAUAUAGGCUAGCAUUACAUUUGAUUUGCGAGAACUUGCAGAAACCCUGUUGAUAACGUAUUGUCUGGCGGGCACCUUGUGGUCGUCUACAUCAAUGCAUUUCUAGUUUAUUAGGAGGUCAAUCAAUCAAUCAAUGUUUAUUUGUAUAGCCCUAAAUCACAAGUGUCUCAAAGGGCUGCACAAGCCACAACGACAUCCUCGGUACAAAGCCCACAUUAGGGCAAGGAAAAACUCACCCCAGUGGGAAGUCGAUGUGAAUGACUAUGAGAAACCUUGGAGAGGACCGCAUAUGUGGGUAACCCCCCCCCCCCUCCAUGGGAGACCGAAUGCAAUGGAUGUCGAGUGGGUCUGACAUAAUAUUGUGAGAGUCCAGUCCAUAGUGGAUCCAACAUAAUAGUAAGAGUCCAGUCCAUAGUGGGGCCAGCAGGACACCAUCCCGAGCGGAGACGGGUCAGCAGCGCAGAGAUGUUCCCAACCGAUGCACAGGCGAGCGGUCCACCCCGGGUCCCGACUCUGGACAGCCAGCACUUCAUCCAUGGCCACCGGACCUGUGCCCCCCCCCAAGGAAGAGGGGAGCAGAGGAGAAAAUAAAAUAAACGGCAGAUCAACUGGUCUAAAAGGGGGGUCUAUUUAAAGGCUAGAGUAUACAAAUGAGUUUUAAGAUGGGACUUAAAUGCUUCUACUGAGGUAGCAUCUCUAAUUGUUACCGGGAGGGCAUUCCAUAGUACUGGAGCCCGAAUAGAAAGCGCUCUAUAGCCCGCAGACUUUUUUUGGGCUCUGGGAAUCACUAAUUAGCUGUAUUUAGUAUUUGCAUACAUACAGCCUAGGUCAUAACCUGAGUGUCGCAACACGUGUUGCUCCAAACAAAGCCGCGAGUUUCUACAUGGCAGGAAGUCAUCAGUUCGCUGUCAUGCAGUGAGGCCAUUGUCCUCCCUCACGUGCACGAUGAACCACGAAAAGGCCAGCAAACCGGUUUCAGGCCCUCGUAAGCCAGCCGGCGAGUGAAUGAGACGUUACAAACAGGCACACAAGCCCACAAAGAAAGAAGGACAAGAAGGAAAGAAAAGACACUUGAGUGUUUAGCAAGUCAUCAGUCAAAUGACCCAAACUUGAUGGAAGGUUGAUCCUGAAAACAGUGGUCACAUUGUGCUUAUUGGAUUAGUCCUUCGGUGUACUUGUGAGUCAAACCAGAUAACGACCUGCUGUCAAGCGUUAAAGACUUUACGGUGACAAAGGGUCUAAGCAAAAAUAAGUAUCUUGAUCAUAGUAUUACCAAUUGAUUGCAAAAAAAGCAAAUUCUGCUGCUAGAAUUAAUAUUUAUGUGGAUUUUAUUGUAAAAGAGUGACUGCUUCAUGCAUCCAAACGCAGGGAGGACUGUAAUGUGAUGCUAUUGUACAGUUCAAAUGUGAGUGUUUUAGCUUUGAGCUUAAACCUAAUUAUACAAAAAAAAAAACAAGUGUCCUUACAUUUUGUAAUGUGCCUCAUUAGCCGUUAUUAUUAAUACCUUUACAUGCCAUUGUACUUUGUGUUGUCGUAAGUGAGCACUGUUUAUAUUCUAAUUACGUUGUAUGCACCAUUUUGUGUUUUUUAAUACCUCUCGCCCCAUGUGGCUCUAUUACCAUUGUUUCCUCCAGUGAUGAUGUAAUGGUGAUGUAAUGCAGUUGCAAUACAGCAGGUGAACGCUGAUCUGUGUUGUGUGUGAGAGAGAAAGGUGCGUGCGUGUGUGUGCGCGCGCACUUUUGUAUCCCUGUCAUAUAAAAUGUAAAGCGUAUGUUCACCGGUAAGGAAAAUAUUAUUUGUUAUUUUAAUGAAAAAUACAAAGAAAAGCAGUAUUUUUGUCUUUGUUUGUGAGGUCCACCGCUAGAGGGCGCAGUUCACCACUGACAGCAUGGCAAACCUUCUCUAUUGGGAUAUGGACGCUCAGGUCUUUUCCUGCACGACCAAGCCGCGAGUGUGUGUAGUUUUUGUAUUAUUUUUUAAUCCCGGAAGAGGAGCGUCACCACCUCGAAGACAAGGCGGACGUGAUAUGAAC